AUGAGAGAUCACUGGCGAAGAGAGAGUGAAAAGCAGGCUCGUGAUACGAAAGAAGCGCAGUCACAGGUGCAGUCACUGGAAAAAGAAGCCGCUGCUAAAGAUGAUGAGUUCAAGGAAACGAUGGAGGAGGUGGCGCGAGUCCAUAGCAAGAACGCACAGGAGCAAAAAUCUCACUUUGAACAAUGUGUCGCUGAUGUGGAAAGUGAACGAGCAGCACUGGAGACCAACCUGCAGGAAGAAGCCGCUAAGCGUGUCGAGGAACAGGAGAACAAUGCCAAACUGCAGCAAGUGGUGGACGGCUUUGAAGAGGAUGUUCCAGUCUUCGCAACGAUCCUUCAUCUCUUCGUCCUCGUAGUGCAGCCACUCAUUCUCCAAGUCAGUGAUUUACUAGCUCAAAAGCGCUAUCUCACUCGCGAAAACGCCGAGCUCGCUCAAGCUCAAGAACAGAUCGAGUGUAUCGGCCAAGUAUUAAAAGAGAUGAUUCCAGCUACAGCGCAGAAUGAAGAGAAGAUCAAAGAACGACAACGUCGACGAGUAUUUCGACGUGUGGUGAUUGCUGUUGCAUAUGGACUCUCAGCACCGCUCAAGAUGGUGAAGUCGAGAAAGACAACGAGUACGUUGUCAUCUCAAUCUACGUUUAUCAAGGUGCUGCCUCCGCAGCAAACAUUGUCGAGACUUUCUCUUCGUCCCCUAUUGGAGCGACUCAAGAAGAUGGACAUUACGGGCAAAGCUGCUCAAGUGAUGGAGUCGAACGCAACUUUAUCGGGGCAUUUGCCUUCUUCUCUCGGCACUUUGAUUCUUAAAGUAGUUAUGGCAACCAACCCAGCGUCGAAGGAGCUUCUAGUGGCCAGCUCCAGUGGAACCUUCCACUGCCAAGCUUUACUGGAGCGUCGACGUCGAUCAAACAAGAAACGAAUGGAUCAGCAUGAUGAUACACUGGCAGAGUAUGAUAGUUCUCUGUCUUUUGAGGAAAAUGUUCCGACUGUGGCGUUGAUUCGGAAACGGAUUCUAGCUCUUGGCAAGCGAGUGGAAGACCUGCACUAUCAGCGGAACUCACUGCAGAAAGAGAAUUACGAGCUCCAGUUCCAACUGGACCAACAAGCCAAUAGCUUGAAAGACAUGGAGGUUUUGCUGGAAAAGACUCGAGAUCUUCAAGAUGAUAUGGUGGCUUUACGCCGUGAAACUGACCAAGAACUUCAAAGAGCACAGCAGGGACAAGCAGCAAAGGACCAGGAAAUGCAAUCAAAGGAAGACGAAUUAAUCCAAGCAGCAACGAAGAUUGACGCACUGCAAACUGAGAUUUCACAUGCUGAAAAGCGGAUUGAAAGGGCGGAAACGGAGAAAGGCUCGUUGCAGCGAGAACUUGACCAAUUAAAGAGUAGUUCCAUCGAAGAGGAAGAGAAAGCCGAUAAAUCGAAAUCCGCAGCACGAGGUUCAGGAGAAAGCGGCGUUGCAGACGGUGGUGAAUCACUUACGUCACCAACAGGCGAAGGCACAGCGAGAACUACGCGAGGAAAAACUACGAGAGUUGGAGAAAAGUUUCAAUGA